AUGCCCUCUGGAUGCAGUAUCAGGGCUCUCUGGAUUAUCAACAAUCAGGAAACUGCUGUCUUCUCCAGGAGAUUUCCGGUCGUCGAGAAGCAAUGGUGCUCCGCUUUCAAGACGGCAAACGGGGACAGUGGUUUAGAUCUUCCUCGACUUCCCACUGAUCAACAACUCGCCAAUGCUUUUGCCCGAAGAAAGAGACGGGAAGGCUCUACUCGUGGAUAUGGCAUACGUGUAGCUCAAUCGACUAUAGGAUCGGAUUCCUGGGUUGACGAUCCCAUAACUCGCCAUGUUAUCAGCCUUUGCUUAAGCAACGACGAAGAAGAAGAGGAUUCCAGGAAUGUUCUUUGGCCCAUUGUCCUGCACACCAAAGGCCUCUAUUCCAUCCUCGUCUUGCCUUUGGUUGAGCCAAGGGAGCUCAAGGAUUACGUCAAGUUAUGUCGGAGAUCUGAUUGCGGACCAGCUGUGGGUGAAGAUUUGAGUUUGUCAUCUGUCUUGCUUAACAUUUCAUCCAUCACUGGGGCUUUCAUGGUGGCUCAUGCUUUUGGUGACAUCGUUUCUGGUGAUAUCGCGGAACCUGAGGUUGUCGUGAGUGCGUCACCAUCAGUUGGGGGAUUGUUUGAUUCACUAACUGGAAGCAUUGGUAUCUCAUCAAGGGCAAAACCCGUUGCUGCACCUGUUGCAUCUUCUUCCCCGUCUGGAGCUGCAACAACUGGAGCUGCAGCAUCAGAUGCUCCCAAAGCAGGGUCCAGGCUAGAUAGAGAUUUACUUAGAAAUUUUAUCGCUACUGCUAUGCCGUUUGGUACCCCAUUAGACCUCAGCCUAUCUAAUAUUUUUGCUAUCAAGGCGAAUGGCUUUUCCUCCGCUGAGCCUCCUCCCCAAGAACUUAAGCAACCAGCAUGGAAGCCAUACCUGUACAAAGGAAAGCAAAGGCUAUUGUUCACAAUCCAUGAGACAGUUAACGCUGCACUGUACGACCGCGAUGAGAUUCCUGAUAAUGUGUCUGUUGCGGGACAGAUAAACUGUCGGGCAGAGCUAGAAGGACUGCCUGAUGUGUCGUUUCCUCUUGCUGGUCUGAGUACAGCCCACAUCGAGGCUAUAUCUUUCCAUUCAUGCGCCCAAGUUCCAGCACAUGGGAUUGACAAGCAGAACAUUGUUUUCCAGCCGCCCUUGGGUAACUUUGUUCUCAUGCGAUACCAGGCGGGUUGUGGGCUUGGACCACCAGUGAAAGGUUUCUAUCAGCUAUCGAUGGUCUCAGAAGACGAAGGUGCAUUCCUCUUCAAGGUGCGCCUAAUGGAAGGUUACAAGGCUCCUCUGUCUAUGGAAUAUUGCACUAUUACUAUGCCCUUUCCAAGGAGACGAAUUGUGGCAUUUGAUGGGACCCCGUCAGCUGGGACUGUUUUGACCACAGAACACUCUGUUGAGUGGAGGAUUCUGGGCAGCGGACGUAGUCUUUCUGGGAAAAGCCUUGAGGCAACUUUCCCUGGGACCAUCAAGUUUAGCCCAUUGCAGAGCAAGAGAAGAGGGGACGGGGACGAUGAAGAGAGCGAGGGUGAGAGCGGUGAGGGUACAGAUAAUGUAGUGAAUGUGGAGGAGUUCUUGGUGCAGAAAAUGAACAAGGAUCUCCCAGCAGUUGACUUGGAGGAACCGUUCUGUUGGCAAGCCUAUGACUACGCUAAGGUCUCGUUCAAGAUUGUCGGGGCAUCUGUAUCUCGAAUGUCAAUCGACACAAAAUCGGUCAAUAUCUACCCAACCACAAAGUCGCCGGUGGAGUUUUCUGCUCAGGUGACUUCUGGGGAUUAUAUAUUAUGGAAUACAUUGGGGAAAGCUCCAUCAGCAGCCGCUGUGUAA